CUGAAAGGAAAUAAAGGAUGUCAUUUGAAAGCACACCGACCAUCUUUUAUUUUACGCAUCUCGUCCUCAUGUUAAAACAAACCAGUGUAAUUAUUGUCAUUCGCAUACAAAGAGAAAUGGACGGGAUUUACCUUCGCCUGGGGAACUACGACUACGAUGUAUUCAUGAAUGUCAGUGACUUUUCCAGGAGGUUCGUGGAUCGCACAAUCUCAGAUGCAGUGUGCCUUGCGCUUAAGGCAAAGCAUUAUCGAACGCUGACAUUUCUUGGAAAAAAAAUCCCGCGUGACUGUGCCCAACGCGAGAAGAAGAUCUCUUGGCCAACCUGUGGUAAAGUGAAUUCUCAAAAUGCUCUCAGAUGCAUCGAAACGAUGAUGGAUCAAUGGAAAGCACUGCCGGGAAUGCGAGAUUGGAUGUAUCAUGUGGAAUUCAUUCGCCUCGGCUCGAAUCGCUCUUCCGAAUUUUACGCUUAUCGAACAAAAUGGAGUGUUCCGACCUCGGCCUGCCCAAUACCCCGCGUGACGGCCAGCGUCUUCUUCAAUGUCGAAGCCAGCCGGCUCAAACCCGAAUGGUAUCCAGUGGACGUAACAUACGUCUUCGAAGGAAGUCAACUAAUUCAUCGGACAAACUGGCCCUUUCAACCGAAAUGGCUCUACGACAUCCUCGAUAUGAAAAACAUUAUUUUUUUAGACGUAGACCAACCAUAAUUAAUUAUUUUAGCCAUCGUGAAGAUCAGUAUCUGCCAAUAAA